AGUUUUCGCACUCGGUGAUUGGACUUGAUAUGUUCGUCAUGGUGUGCGCACAGCAUCCCAAGAGCUCUGGGACUCGAGAUACCGCAUAGGCUGCGCAACAGCACCUGUAACGUGUCGACCCAGAAGCGUCAUAUUUGAUAGAAUGACGCCAGAUCCAGUGUUGAGAAUCGGGAUGAUUGCGCGCUGUCACAGUGCAGACACUUCAAUAGUCACGGCGCGUUAUUAGAUUGGACAUUUGGACACUAUUUGAGGUAAAAUACCUUUAAUUGCAUCACGCUUUCAACUGAUCUGGCGCACAGCCAAUGUGUCAUUAACACGGAGUCGUUAAAGCACGAGUUUAAUCGGACUUGGCUGGAGGCAGGCAGUGUCGGUCCGCUUUCUGCCUGACGCUUCAUAGAGGAAAAUAAGUGUAGGCUACAAAAAUCCGAUCUCGAAGUCGGAGAGCUGAGACAGCAGGUGGCCACAUCGACGUUGGGACUGAGCGAAUGGGAGCUGCAGGUCACACUUUGACUGAACGCAGCCGCCGCCUGAGCGCCGCUGCUUUGCCACGCUGUAAUUGGGAAUUCGCACCUUUGCCGCUCUUUUUCAGCGAAGGCGCAGUUCUUCUCCCGUGAAGGCGCUGCGCCGCGAUGCAUUGAGCAUCACUCGCAUCCACUACGCGGGGCGCAUAGUCUUUCCGUCUAUCAGCUAGAAUUUGCCGUCGCCUCGGGUGUGGGAUGUGCGCUUCCACGCUCCAUUGUCAUGUAAAAGAUCUGGUGCUAUAUUAGCGAGCAGCUCCUUCAGACGUGCCAUUCAUUUUCCGGUCGCUCGCAGCCUAAAGUUGGGACUUGAGACUUUCAGCACCACUUUUUCGUGGACAGCGCCCGCUAUGAUCUGUGAGGAUGGACUUGGCCCCGGAAUGCGCGUGGAUUCGCCUUGGAUACUCCUCAUAAAUUCUUUAUAAACAAGAAACAUCUAAAGCAAGGUUUCUGAGGACCCCCCACUCACACAGCGGCACACAAUACAAUAUACAAUAUACAAUUUUGCUUUGGAUAUGGGUCACUUCGUGUAAGCGGAUUCUUCUUGGGCUGGAGAAAGGGGAAUUCACUCUGAAGCCCGUGGACCCAAGCAGGCCUGAGGGCUCUGACAUAUACCAAAUCCCUGCCCAGGGGAACGGGGGAGAUUAAAAACUUCUGAUUGAGGUGGAGAGGGAAGAGACGCAGCGCGAGACGAGAAGAAAAAGCUGAGCGCUCACCUUUGUUCUUCCUAAUGCCCCGAGUGAAGGAUCUCCAUAGGCGAGUCUGUGAGUAACAGCCGACGCAGGAGCAGCUGCCCACCGUUGUGGUCAGAUGAUGGAGUGAGGGAGGGACGGAGAGAGGCGACGAGAACAGGAUUACACGCUGCCGAAGCGCCAAGCCCGUAUUCUAUCUUAAUUGAAUGCCUGGGAGAGAGGGAUGACGAGAGGCCGCCUUCACUGCGCCAACUGCUUCAAGAGCCGCUGCAAUUGACCCUCUGGCCGUGGUGAAGCGAUACCUGGCUGCCGCAGCUUCUGGACUCGCGGUGCUCAGGCGGCGGUCAUGUUUGGCGCCCCGGCGUGCGGACCGGACGGGACCGGCUGGCUGCUGCUGCCGCUGCUGCUCGCCUGCGGCGCCCUCGCGCCCGCCCACGCUGCCAAGCCCAAGGGGCCGGGACACACGCAUCUGAACUCCAUCCGCAUCGACGGCGACAUCUCCCUGGGGGGGCUCUUCCCCGUGCACGCCAGGGGCCACGACGGCAAGCCGUGCGGGGAGCUCAAGAAGGAGAAGGGCAUCCACCGGCUGGAGGCCAUGCUCUUCGCCCUCGACCGCAUCAACAAUGACAACAACCUGCUGCCCAACGUGACCCUGGGGGCGCGGAUCCUGGACACGUGCUCCAGGGACACCCACGCGCUGGAGCAGUCGCUCACCUUCGUGCAGGCUCUGAUUGAGAAGGACGGGACGGACGUGAAGUGCCUGGGGGGCGGGGCCCCCAUCAUCACCAAGCCCGAGAGGGUGGUGGGCGUGAUCGGGGCCUCCUCCAGCUCCGUCUCCAUCAUGGUGGCCAACAUCCUGCGCCUCUUUAAGAUCCCGCAGGUGAGCUACGCCUCCACAGCCCCAGAGCUCAGUGACAACACUCGCUACGACUUCUUCUCCCGCGUGGUGCCUCCGGACACCUACCAGGCCCAGGCCAUGGUGGACAUCGUCAAGGCCAUGCGCUGGAACUACGUCUCCACCGUGGCCUCGGAGGGGAACUACGGCGAGAGCGGCGUGGACGCUUUCAUCCAGAAGUCCAGAGAGGACGGCGGCGUGUGCAUCUCCCAGUCAGUGAAGAUUCCCAGAGAGCCGAAGCCGGGAGAGUUCGACAAGGUCAUCCGGCGACUGCGGGAGAACCCCAACGCCAGAGCCGUCAUCAUUUUCGCCAACGAGGACGAUAUCAGGAAGCUGCUGCACGCGGCUAAAAAAGCCAACCAGACAGGCCAUUUCAUCUGGGUGGGCUCCGACAGCUGGGGCUCAAAGAUCUCCCCAGUCGUGUACCAGGAGGAGAUGGCGGAGGGGGCGGUCACCAUCCUGCCCAAGCGCCAGUCCAUCAAAGGGUUUGAUCGUUACUUCAUCAGCCGAACGUUGGAAAACAACAGACGGAAUAUCUGGUUCGCUGAGUUCUGGGAGAACAACUUCAACUGCAAACUCAGCCGUCACGCCGUGAAGAAAGGGACCGGGCUCAAGAAAUGCACAAAUCAGGAGCGCAUAGGAAAAGACUCCAACUACGAGCAGGAAGGAAAGGUGCAGUUUGUCAUCGAUGCUGUGUAUGUCAUGGCCCACGCCCUCCACAACAUGCACCAGGAGCUCUGCCCUGGAAAGGUGGGGCUGUGUGCUAAAAUGGACCCCAUCAACGGGACCCAUCUGCUGAAGCACAUACGACGCCUCAACUUUGCAGGCAUAGCUGGCAACCCGGUUCUGUUUAACGAAAACGGGGACGCGCCGGGACGCUACGAGAUCUACCAGUACCAGAUCAGAAACCAAACGGCUGAAUACAAAAUCAUUGGCCACUGGACCGAUCAGCUUCAUCUCAAUGUUCGGUCAAUGCAGUGGCCCAGUGGAACCCGCCAAAUCCCCUCCUCGAUCUGCAGCCAGCCCUGUCAGCCCGGCGAGCGCAAGAAGAUUGUGAAGGGCAUCCCUUGCUGUUGGCACUGCGAGCGGUGCGAUGGCUAUCAGUACCAGGCGGACACCUACACGUGUAAGAUGUGUCGCUUUGAUUUGCGGCCCAAUGAGAAUCACACGGGCUGCGUUCCAAUCCCCAUUGUUAAAUUGGAGUGGAGCUCUCCAUGGGCAGUCAUUCCUGUGCUUAUUGCAGUCGCUGGCAUCAUGGCCACUUUGUUUGUUGUGGUCACGUUCGUCCGCUACAAUGACACGCCAAUUGUGAAAGCAUCCGGCCGAGAGCUGAGCUAUGUGCUGCUAACUGGCAUCUUCCUCUGCUAUGCCACGACAUUCCUGAUGAUAUCGACCCCCGAUGUGGGAAUCUGCUCCUUGCGCAGGAUCUUCUUGGGACUGGGGAUGAGCAUCAGUUACGCUGCCCUGCUCACCAAAACCAAUCGCAUAUACCGCAUAUUCGAGCAGGGCACUAUGUCUGUGAGUGCACCCAGGUUCAUUUCUCCAGCCUCCCAGCUCGUCAUCACGUUCACCCUGGCCUCAGUGCAGCUGCUCGGUGUGUGCAUCUGGUUCAUAGCGGAUCCCUCCAAGGCCAUAAUUGACUAUGAGGAUCAGAGGACGUCCAACCCCGUGUUGGCUCGCGGUGUGCUCAGGUGCGACAUCUCUGAUCUGUCUCUAAUCUGCUUGCUGGGAUACAGCAUGCUGCUCAUGGUCACCUGCACAGUCUACGCCAUUAAGACCAGAGGGGUGCCGGAGACCUUCAACGAAGCCAAGCCCAUUGGUUUUACCAUGUACACCACCUGCAUCAUCUGGCUUGCAUUCAUCCCAAUCUUCUUUGGCACUUCACAGUCUACAGAAAAGAUGUACAUCCAAACCACCACGCUGACCAUCUCUGUGAGUCUGAGCGCCUCCGUGUCCCUGGGGCUGCUCUACAUGCCCAAAGUCUAUGUGGUCCUCUUCCACCCUGAGCAGAAUGUGCCCAAGCGCACGCGGAGCCUCAAGGCCGUGGUUACCGCCGCCACCAUGUCCAACAAGUUCAACCCCAAGGCCGGACUCAGACCCAACGGAGAGGCCAAGACCGAGCUGUGCGAAAGCCUGGAAACGCAGAGUUUCUCAACAAAGCAAACGUACAUCAGCUACAGCAACCAUGCAAUCUAAAGGAUGCAGCUUCAUUUUUAGUCAGGAUUUGCACCCUGAUGGAAGGAAAAACAUGCAGUGGGAUUUUAAAUGUUCUCCAGAAUGAGGCGGAUGUGUUACUGUACGGGUGGAGAUUCACAGACGAGCCCAAAGACGGGACAUGACUCAGAGCAGAGACCACAGAGACACGCAGCGAUGGACACACGACAGACAACAGUACACCUGUAGGGUUCCAUCUUCUGUUUGCCUCUCAAGAAUAAACACAAAAAAGAAAAUGAUACUUGCAUGGCAAAGGCCUGGAGACCAAAGGACCAGACUUUGCUCUUGAGUGUUUACAUUUCAGCUAUGCCCUCCUUCACAGACUCUGCCACCUCGAGACUGGAAUCAAACUAAAAUCAAGAACAUGUUCAGGUGUUAUUAGUGUUGUCUGGCCAUUCCAAUAACUAGAAUUAAUCUUAAAUCUGCAAAAGGUCAUAAGGGAUUACACUAAAAAGGCAUGACGACACAGCCCAGUCACUUAAAGUGGGGACUGCUCCUUUUUAUUUCUAAACGCAUACCGAUCCUGCAACUCACGCAACAGGAAGUGGCAUCAUCUCAACAACGCAACGAUCUGUGAGACUCCUUGUGUUUUUAAUUCCUCCAGGUGUCCAUUGACUAAAUGCGGACUACACAUUUAAGUGGCCUCCGCCAGUUUCGAGCAUGCCAGUUUCAACAUCCUGUGUUGUGUUGUUAAAAAAAAAAGAAGAAAAACAUUUAUAUCUUUGGAAUGCGUUUAAGCUGUUGCAGCGUUGUUACCAAUUGUUUGGGCCGAGGCCUGUUGUACGUUUAAAAACUGUUCUCCAAUGGUGAAGGUCUAGUCAGUGAUUGUUAUCUGUGCUUAAGUGAGGCCAUGACUUGUAUUACCAGCUAGCCCAAGGCUGCCACUGCCCUCCGUGUUACCUGUGUGUGCUUUGAAAGUCGGCUCGCGGUAAAAGGAACACGAUCCUAGCCAGGAGAUCUUACUGGAAGCUGUCAUCCAGGGUGCCACCUCCCCCAUCACUGCCACUAGCAACUCUGUUGGUCACACGUAGCAAAGGGUGAGCCUUAACUGUACAGAUCCAUUAGGAGAGGAAUUAAGAUGAAGUAUGCCCUUGAGGGGAUCGUACAAAAUGCCCUGAAGCUGAUAUCCAUAAUGGACCAGCUACGGGGAAAAUUGAUUACCAUACAUGUCCUUCUCAGGCACUCUCAUAGUAAAAAGGAGGUGUCGGGGAUGUUGUAAGGCUUUUCAAGAAAUGAAAUCUAAUUGCAAAGGUAUACAAUAUCUAUCACCCUCAGCUCGCUGAAGAGAUUAAUAGUUGGCUUCGUGCAGUAUAAAAGCCCUCUAAUGUCUUGGGAAAAACAUCGCGGGGUCAUUUGUGUUGUGAAUUCAAUGCUGCUUUUCAUGCCUCCCUCUGUAUUACUUUCAAAACCAUUUGUGUUGCAGAAUAAAAUGUGAGUGCUGACCAAAUUAAAUGGCAAGUUAAUGUACGUUAUUAAAUAGAUUGAUGAUGUCUGCUUUAUGUCCUGACAUAUUCUAAAAUUGGGGAAAAUGUACAAAAAGAUACAGUGCCUGGCUAUCUGACUAUGUAUUUGUAAAACCUCAUGUAAACUAAUGAAGUGUGUGAAGCAUGUUUAGUUUUUUUUUAUACAAAAUUUUAUUUCUAUUAAAAAUGUUUUCAAACAAA